GGUGGAGAAUGUCUGGAGCAGCAUUUAAAUUCUGGGAGGUCUGGGUUGUCAGUAGCAGGAAGAGGAGCCAGAGAGCACAGCAUCGUCUGGCACUGGACUCUCAGGUCUCUAACAGCUUUCUCCACCAGACUCCAGCCAAGAGAGGUCACUACCAUGAGAUUUGCAGUGAUUUUCUUUUGCCUAGUAGGCAUCGCCUACUCCUUCCCAGUUAAACAUGCGGAUUCUGGCAGCUCUGAGGAAAGGCAGCUUUACAACAAACACCCAGAUGCUGUGGCCACAUGGCUAAAGCCUGACCCAUCACAGAAGCAAAAUCUCCUGGCACCUCAGAAUGUGGUGUCCUCUGAAGAAAGGGAUGACUUUAAACAAGAGACCCUCCCAAGUAAGUCCAAUGAGAGCCAUGACCACAUGGACGAUGUGGAUGAUGAUGAUGAUGCAGACCAUGUGGACGGUCAGGACUCUAUUGACUCAAACGACUCUGAUGACGAUGAUCACCCUGACGAUUCUCACCAUUCUGAUGAGUCUCACCAUUCCGAUGAAUCUGAUGAAAUGGUCACUGACUCUCCCACUGAUGGUCCAGACACCCCCGUUUUCACUCAGAUCGUCCCCACAGUGGAAACCUAUGAUGGCCGGGGUGAUAGUGUGGAUUAUGGACUGAGGUCAAAGUCUAAGAAGUUCUACAUUUCUGAAGUUCAGUACCCUGAUGCUACAGAUGAGGACCUUGCUUCACACAUGGAGAGUUCAGAGUUGAAUGAUGCUCACAAGGCCAUCCCUGUUGCCCACCGCUUGAAAGUGCCCUCCGAUUGGGACAGUCAAGGGAAGGACAGUCAAGAAACCAGUCAGCUGGAUGACCAGAGUGUGGAAACCCACAGCCAUGAGCAGCCCAGGCAAUACAAGAGGAAUGCCAGUGAUAACAGUAGUGAGCACUCUGAUGUGAUUGACAGUCAGGAAAGUUCCAAAGUCAGUCAGGAAUUCCACAGCCAUGAAUCUCAUAGCCACGAAGACAAGCUAGUCCUAGACCCUAAGAGUAAGGAAGAAGAUAAACACCUGGUGUUUCGUAUUUCUCAUGAAAUAGAGAGUGCAUCUUCUGAGAUCAAUUAAAAAGAGAAAAAGAAUGUACAAUUUUGUACUUUACUAUUAAUAAAGAGAAAAUAUACAUUAUAGAGAAUUGAAAGACAAUACGAAAUGCUUAUUUCUCAGUUUAGUGGGUAAAUGGAUAUGUGUGUGGAUCUGGAAAUAGAUAAUGCUUUUGAUUAUGAGUUUGUUGCUUUGUCAUGGUAACACCCUUGUAACCUAAAAGCUUCAGCAUGUUGUCUACAUCCUUUCCAUUGAAAAAUGCAAACUAUCACUGCAUUUUAAUAUUUGUUAUUCUUUUAUGAAUAGAAAGGUAUAUAGAAUCAAAAACACAUAACACACUUAAGAGAAUAUAACAUUUUGUGUCCCUAUAAUCUUUUGUUUUUUAAAUUAGUGUAUAUUUUGUUGUGAUUUUUUUUGUUGGUGUGAAUAAAUCUUGUAUCUGAAUGUAAUGAA